GCAGCGAGCAGGGCUGGACAGGAAACGACUCCCUCAUACAAGGCGCAACAAUCCCUGCUCCCCGGGAGAGAUUGGGAGAGGGAACCGCACGACCAAUGUAUCAAUAAGCAAAUGGGACUUUCUCAGGCGGGUGGUCAGUGAAAAAGAAGAUACCCUCGUCUUAACCGCCACAGAUUUGUGUUUACCGGGACAUCUUGUGGGAUUUUCCCUGUUUUCUCGCGUGCUGAAAGCAUUGUUGUAGUGUUCUCACCAGGAAACAGGAGGAGACUUCAUUGUCGAGCGGCACUGGAUCUUGGAGCAAGCAUCCUGACGUGUGUGUGUGAGUGUGAGCGAGAGGGUGUGUGAGACGCUGGCUGAAAGCACCCGCGCCGGAACCAAAGAUGGAUCAGGUGUCUGAUGACGAGCUGGACCAUGCUGCGGAGGAGGACAGCGAUAAGGAGGACCAGGACCUGGACAAGAUGUUCGGAGCCUGGCUGGGAGAGCUGGACAAGCUGACACAGGUUGGCCCUGCUGAUCCGGCCUCACAGGGCCUGGACGAUGGCCGGCCACAGAAGAUCCAGAACGCUCCCCUCAGGCAGGAGACCAACCUGGCCAACUUCUCGUACCGCUUCUCCAUGUACAACAUCAACGAGGCGCUGAGCCAGGGUGAGCCGGUGGACCUGGACGCGCUGAUGGCUGACCUGUGCACCAUCGAGAGCGAGCUGAGCACCAUGGGUAAACCGGGCUCCGUGCGGGCGCCCUCCUCCUCCUCGCGCCACAAGGCCGGCGGGCGCGGCGUGGGCAUCUCCGUGGCGACCGCGGGCAGCGGCGGCGGCGGGGGGGGCAGCAGCGGCGGCAGCACCAGCAGCAGCACGAGGGCGUCGCCGGCCGGCUCGGUCCGCCAGACCCCGGUCCGCCCGCUCGCCUCCGACCUGUCGCUGGACGACAUCACGGCGCAGCUGGAGAAGGCGUCGCUCAGCAUGGACGAGGCCGCCCGCCAGACCUCCUCCUGCGCCUCCUCCUCCUCCUCCUCCUCCUCCUGCUCCUCCUCCACCCUCCUCCGCCGGCCCUCCGCCUCCUCGCUGCCCCCCCCCCAGCACCCGCCCCAGCACCGCCGCACGGGCUCCGUGGGGGGGGGCAGCAGCGAGCAGGACGGCCGCUCGGCCGGACACUCCUCGCGCUCCAGCGCCUCGGCCUCCAGCAUGGACUCGCUGGACAUGGAGAAGGGCCCUGUGCGGGGGGGCGCGGAGAGGGACGAGGGUUCCGGGGGCCCCCCCCCCACACAGGGCGCGCCCGGCCAGUCCAGCACCGAGUCACCUGCACGAAUUAUUACCCAGCAUGCAUCACAGCGAAGGGCCAAUGGUAGGCCUGCACGCGGGGUCUCCAGACGACAUCUUGACUUUACAUCCCAGAACGGGGAAUUGGAUUUGGGCACUCACUCGUAUCUGGACAAAGAAACCUCUCUGAUUCUGAAAAGCAUUGCGGGAAAGCCCUCUCACCUGCUGACCAAGGAGGAGCAAGCUGCCAAACUAAAGGCAGAGAAGAUCCGUGUGGCACUGGAAAAGAUCAAAGAGGCUCAGGUGAAAAAGCUGGUGAUCCGUGUGCACUUGUCGGACGAGAGCUCCAAGACCAUGAUGGUGGACGAGAGGCAGACGGUGCGGCAGGUGCUGGACAGCCUGCUGGACAAGUCCCACUGCGGAUACAGCCCCGACUGGGCCCUCGUGGAGACCAUACCAGAGCUGCAGAUGGAGCGCAUCUUUGAGGACCAUGAGAACCUGGUGGAGAACCUUCUGAACUGGACCAGAGACAGCCAGAACAAACUCAUGUUCAUCGAGCGCAUCGAGAAGUACGCCCUGUUCAAGAACCCCCAGAACUACCUGCUGGGGAGGAAGGAGACAUCGGAGAUGGCUGACCGAAACAAAGAGGCCCUGCUAGAGGAGUGUUUCUGCGGCAGCUCGGUGUGUGUCCCGGAGAUCGAGGGUGUGCUGUGGCUGAAGGACGACGGGAAGAAGUCCUGGAAGAAGCGCUACUUCCUGCUGCGUGCGUCCGGCAUCUACUUCGUGCCCAAGGGCAAGGCCAAGGCGUCCAGGGAUCUGGUGUGUUUCCUGCAGCUGGACCAUGUGAAUGUGUACUACGGCCAGGACUACCGCAGCAAAUACAAGGCUCCUACUGACUACUGCUUGGCCCUGAAGCACCCCCAGAUUCAGAAGAAAUCUCAGUACAUCAAAUAUCUGUGCUGUGAUGAUGUCAGAACCCUCCACCAGUGGGUCAACGGAAUACGUAUCGCUAAGUACGGGAAGCAGCUGUAUAUGAACUACCAGGAGGCCAUGAAGCGCACGGAGGCGGCGUACGACUGGGCCUCCCUGUCCAGCUCCAGCAUCAGAUCGGCCUGCAGCUCCGCCAGCAUCCCAGAGUCGCACUCAAAUCACUCGAGUGUGACGGACAGCGGCGUGUCUGACGGCACGUCGUCCAGCCACGCCCGGUCCCAGAGCGUGGUCAGCUCCAUCUUCUCCGAGGCCUGGAAGAGGGGGACCCAGAUAGAGGAGAACAGCCGGAUGAAAUCCGAGUCGAGUCGAGCGUCCAGUAUCUCCCACACGUCUCAUACGUCCCACAGCUCUCACUCCCACCACCAGAGUUCACACCCUCCGCAACCCCCCCACACACCCCAGCCCCAUCCACAUCCACCUGCCCCCCACACACCCCAGCCUCAUCCACCUGCCCCCCACACACCCCAGCCUCAUCUACCUGCCCCCCACACACCCCAGCCCCAUCCACCUGCCCCCCACACACCCCAGCCUCAUCCACCUGCCCCCCACACACCCCAGCCCCAUCCACCUGCCCCUCAGAUGCCCCAACCUCAGACUAUGCCCCACAGCCAUCAGCCGCCACCUGCGUCCCACAUUCCCAAACCACCACCUGCUCCAUAUGUGCCCCAACCUCCACCUACCCCCCAACCUCCACCCGUCCUCCAAACCCAUCAGCCUCCACCUGCCCCUCACAUCCCUCAGCCUCCACCUGCUCCCCAACCUCCACCCGUGCUCAAAACCCCUCAAACACCACCUGCUCCACAAACGCCUCAACCUCCACCCACCCCCUAUGUGCCCCAACCUCCACCUAUGCUCCAAACCCACCAGCCUCCACCUGCUCCACCUGCUCCUUCUCCCCCUCCUCCACCUCCCACUGCAUAUGUCCCUCCACUGCCACCUGCCCCUCAAAUCCUUCAGCCUCCUCCUCCACCUCUCCCCACCCUGAGCCCAGCUCCACCCAUUGCCCCUGUGGCAUGUGUGCCCUCUCCUCCUCCACCACCUCCUCCCCCUCCCCCUCCUCCUCCUCCACCUCCCCCCGUGUGCAGUGUCCCCCCCCCUCCGGUGUUCGGCGCCCCCCUGCACCACCACCACCACUCCUCCACCCCCACCGUCUUCGCCAAGUACAGCACCAUCACACGCCUGCAGCAGAAGGACAAGCCCCUCCCCACCCAGGUGCCGCCGCCGCCUCCGCAAGCGGCCAAGCCGCAGCCCAGCAAGGACAGCGCCGCCUGGCCUCCUCUGGCCUCCGCCACCCCACCUCCUCCACCUCCUCCGCCUCCUCCACCUCCGGCCAGUCUGCCCAUCCCAGGCUCGGCCAUGGCGGUGCUGAAGCGUGGGCCGUCCGCUGGAGCUGCAGUGCCGCCUCCUCCUCCUCCUCCGUCGUCGUCGUUGCAUAGCAACGGCUUCCCUCCUCCUCCUCCUCCGUCCCUCGGGCUGCCGGUGGCGCACGUCCCGCCCAAGCCCUCCAACGGCUUCCAGAGGUUUCCGUCUCCUCCUCCGCCCGACCUCUCGCCCUCGCCUCCUCCCCAGCUCCUGACGCAGUCCGCACCUCCUCCGCCUCCUCCUCCCCCUCCACCACCUCCUCCCCCACCUCCUGCCCCCCCUCUGCCGCCUCAGCAGCCCCAUGCUCACGCCACACCUCCUCCUCCUCCUCCUCCUCCACCUCCUCCUCCACCACCAGCCUCUCUCAACCAGGUCUUUCCCCCCUCCGCUCCACCCAAAACCUUCCCCUUCCAGAUGGGCCGUAAGCCUCCGGGGAUGAUGGUGCUUCCGACUGCGGUCGCUCCUCCUCCUCCUCCUCCGGCUCCUGGGCCGCCACCUCCUCCCCCUCCUCCUCCACCUCCUCCUGGGCCGCUGGCAUCGGUCCCUGCCAAGACGCAGCCGCCCCCCACGCUCCCCAAGCAGCACAGCAUCGGCAGGUCCGCCGCCUCUUCUCUGGUCAAGCAGCUGGCCAGUCAGUUCCCGGGCGCGGCGGGCGCGGCGGCCACGGAUCACGUGGACAGUGCGAAGGCGCCGCAGUCGCCCCCGACGGUCAAGGCCAAGCCCAAGUGGCAGAGAGGAGGAGCGCAGGCCAAAUCGCCUGAGUUCCCUCCGCCCCCUCCCGAUAACAGCCUGGGUUUCCCCCCAGCUGCCGGGCCUCCUCCACCACCCCCACCGCCCCCUCCUCCACCAGCGCCGGGGCCUGGGUUUGGGUCGGGGCCUGGGUUUGGGUCUGGGCCUGGGCUUGGGUCUGGGCCUGGGCUUGGAGCGGGUCUUCCUCCUCCUCCACCCCUGCCUCCCGCAACGCCGCCCAAAUCUGGGGGCUCGCCCAUGAAGAAAUCCCCAACGGGCGUCGCCAAGAAGCCCCCGCCGACCCCCCAACGGAACUCCAGCUUCAAGGCCGACUCGUCCUCGGAGUUUAACGAGGCACGGGCGCGGCUGGAGAACCUGGUCAGCCGCCAGGGUUCCGUUUCCUCGGGGUCGUCCGUCUCCUCAGGGGUCAGCCGUCAGGGUUCCGUCUCCUCGGGGGUCAGCCGUCAGGGUUCCGUUUCUUCGAUGUCGGCCGCUGCUCCUCCUGGCCCCCCCGCGCCGCCCAAACCGGGGAAGCUGAACCUGGGCCACCUGCCCCCAGCGCUGCAGGCCAAAGUGGGGAAAGCGGCGAGCGACUUCCCCUCCCCGCCGGCGCCGGACAACGACUGUUCCUUCCCCCCGCCGCCGAUGGCCAACGACCUACCGCCGCCUCCGCCUCUCCCCGCCGACCUCCAUGGCAACGCAUCACGGGUCGCCGUGGUGAACCCCCAGCCCCAGUCGUCGUCAUCAUCAUCGUCCAGCGGCGGCAACAUCUGGAGCGCUGGGCGGGCUUCCUUAAAGAAGACUCCUCCCCCAACGUUGGCUCGCCGUAGCAACGGCAGUGCCCCCAUCCCCACCGCCAUGGAGGUGCACCGCCCGAUGUCGCCGCCCACGUCCCCCAAGGGCCAGCCCAACUUCAUGGAGGACCUCCACCGGACACUCAGGCGCAAGUCGGGCAGCCGGCAGGGCUCGUUUGGAAGCGGCGGCGGCGGCGGUGAUCCGGCCGUCACGACCACCAUGGACGACAUGGUGUUGCCCCCUCCCCCCCCAGAGCUGCUGCUGGACCAGCAGGCCAACGGCAGCAACGGCGGCUACGCGUCAGGAAACAUCUCAGGCUAUGCAACGCUGCGGCGAGGAGGACCUCCGCCCACACCGCCCAAGCGGGACAACGGCACCAAACUCACAAACUAGCCCGAGAGCUCGCCGCGCCGAGCCGCUCUCAGACUGGCCGCUAAACAAGAGGGUCUGUUCAAGACCACCGUCUCGUUCUCGUGCUUCUUCUCAACUGUCCGUCACAAAGGGCCCCACUCCAGGGUGUGCUCUGUGGUGGAUCUGCAUUCCUAACAGUAGUCCAAUGUUAUUAUCCAUCAGUACAGCAACUCUCGAAAGAUGCCAAACCGCCAGACUUUUACUUUCCUCUUGUAUCUUCAUGUGGGUUCUGAGCAGCGGACGUCCAAUCUAAAGCUCAGGUGUGACCCUCCAUGGAUGGAUACGCUGAUCUUGCUGUGUGGCCCUGCCUGCCACGGACUGACCUUUCUGGUUGUGUGUGUAAAUGGGAUAAAGGGGUGGGGAGUUUUUGUUUUUAGCCUUUUUUUAUAUACGAAAAUUUAUUUAAUAUCUGAAGAGAUUGUGUUAUUUUACUGUUAGGACUGAAUGAUUAGUACUGGACAAAGAUGCCUUUAGAGAUGGUCUGGGGUGGAGGAGUGUGUGUGUGUGUGUGUGUAUGUGUG